GAUUUUUGAAUUCAUUCCCUAAACAACAUAAUCCUAAACAAGAUACUAAUGAUGGAGAAAUUUUUUGGGAUUGUUUUAAUCAAUCAUUACAAGCCAAUAAAAAAGGUUAUAAUGGGAAGAAAAGGAUCCUUUCUAUAAUAGCAGAAAAAUUUUCUUACAAAAUUUUGAUGGAUAAAUUAAAA